AUGGCAGGUUUCCGUUUGAUUGAUUUGGCAAAGCCAUUCUUGGCUUUUGUUCCCGAAAUUGAACUUCCAUAUGACAAUUUACCAUUUGAUGAUAAGCUUGUCAUUACUUUGACUACUGCAUUGAUUUACUUAUUUGGCCAAUUCCCACUGGCAGGCAUUACUAAGGAAUCUGUUGAUGUGAAGGACCCUAUCUUCUUCUUGCGUGGUGUUUUCGCUGCCGAACCACGCACUCUUUUAGAGUUUGGUAUUUUCCCACCAAUUGCAACUGCAUUGAUCUUGCAAUUGUUGGCAGGUUUCAAAUUGAUCAAAGUCAACUUCAACCAAAGAACUGAUAGAGAAUUGUUCCAAACGUUGAUCAAAAUUGUUUCCAUUGGCAGUUAUGCCAUCUUAGCUAACAUUUUCAUUGCAUCAGGUUACUAUGGCGAAGAUUUAUCUCUAAUGGCUAAAUUUUUGAUUAACAGUCAAUUGAUCGGCGCCGGUUUCUUUGUGACCUUGUUGAUCGAAGUUAUUGACAAGGGGCAUGGGUUUGCCUCUGGUGCCAUGGCUAUUAUCGCCAUUUCUCUGUCUACUGGUUUAGUUGACGAUUUAUUCGGUGUUCAACAAAUUCCAGUGGGUCAAGAAGGCCAUAGAGAACCAAGGGGUGCUGUCAUCAACUUGUUACAAGGUUUCCGUGCUAAGCAUAAGACUUUCUUGGGCGCACUUGUCAAUGCUUUCCAAAGAGAUUAUCUACCAAACUUGACUUCUGGUUUGUUAGUAAUCGUUCUUGGUGGUACCGUCUGUUAUCUACAAAACAUCAGAACAGAGUUGUCUAUCAGAUCCACCAAGGCAAGAGGAAUGUCCAACGUUUACCCUAUCAGAUUAUUGUACACUGGUGGCCUAUCUUUGCUAUUUUCUUACUCCAUUUUGUUCUACAUUCAUAUACUUGGCUUCGUCAUCAUUCAGUUGAUUGGUGGUAACCAAGAGGGUUCCAUUAUCAACAAAGUUUUGGGUGGUUAUGAGUCCACUGAAUUCUUUUAUUUAGCAAGAUUUCCAUUGUCCUUGUUAACCCCACCAACUUCGUUCUUUGCUGUUUUCAAGCAACCAUUGACUGUGGUCACAUUCUCGGCUUUCUUGAUUGUCACUGGUGUGUGGUUCGCCACAAACUGGCAAGAAAUCUCUGGCUCAUCAUCUCGUGAUGUUUCCAAGCAAUUCAAGGAACAAGAUGUUGCAUUGGCUGGUCACAGAGAUGCUUCUAAGGAACUUAUCAGAAUCAUUCCGGUAGCGUCUGCCACUGGUGCAGCCACUUUGGCGGUCUUGGUCGCAGUUGGUGAACUAUUAGGCUUGAAGGGUAAAGGUGCCGGUAUUGUUGUUGCAGUUUGCAGUGCAUUUGCCAUUCUAGAAGUCGUUACCGUAGACUUCCAACAAACAGGCGGUCAAAGUUCUAUCGCUCAAAUGCUAGGAGGUAGAGCUGCUUAA